AUGAUGAAGUCCGAGAACUCGGACCUAUAUCCGCGGCAUGGCUCCAGAGUAUCUGGCAUGUCAAAGGAAUUCCMAYGAAAAGUGUCCCGAGUAGAAGCAAGUGCUGAACAUGCGGACGAGCUUCUCGAGGCGUUGGGUUACACAUCUGAGCUCGCCAGAUCACGAUCGACGUUGAGUGUGGCAUUCAUGGCAUUUGUGCUGGCUUCAGUUCCUUAUGGUCUAUCGACAACACUCUACUAUCCGUUGACUGGAGGCGGCCCGACUACAGUGAUUUGGGGAUGGGUGGCCGUGUGCGCUCUGAUGAUGUGUGUCGCCAUCUCGCUGGGAGAGAUCACUUCGGUCUACCCAACAGCUGGCGGUGUCUACUACCAAACUUUCAUGCUCUCUCCCCGUAAAUACCGUGCAGCAAUGGCGUGGGUCACAGGCUGGUGUUUCCUGCUUGGCAACGUUAUCAUCACGCUCUCCGUCAACUUUGGCACAACCCUGUUCCUCAUCGGCUGCUUGAACAUUUUCACAAAGGCUGGCAUGGUGGCAGAUCCCAACGAUCCCACAGGACUGACUAUGAUUCCUGGUCAAGUUGGGAUCUUCGCCAAUGGCCAACCCUACCAGACAUGGCUCAUCUUCUUGGCCAUCACUCUAGCUUGUAAUGCCAUCUCCGCAUUGGGCAACAAGUGGCUCCCCCUGCUGGAUACCUGUACGAUCCCAUUCACUAUUGUGGGCGUACUCGCCAUCCUCGUCUCCGUCCUGGCCGUCGCUGCAGAGGGAAGGAAAAGUGCAAGCUACGUCUUUGGAGGAUUCGAGCCAAUCUCUGGAUGGACGCCACCUGGAUGGGCCUUUUGCGUUGGUCUCCUCCAUGCUGCUUAUGCUACCUCCGCUACCGGCAUGGUUGUGUCCAUGUGUGAAGAGGUGGAGAAGCCUGCCUCUCAGGUUCCCAAGGCCAUUGUUGGCGCACUCUUGAUGAACUUCACGUGUGGACUGAUCUUCUUGAUUCCGCUGUGCUUCGUUCUGCCAGACUUGAUGGCCUUUGUCAACGACCCGUACGCUCAGCCUCUGCCUGUCAUUCUGAGCUCGGCUAUCGGUAAUCAGGGCGGUGCGUUUGCUCUGACCGUCCCUAUGAUUAUUUUGGGUGUCCUAUGUGGUACAAGCUGCACCACAGCUGCUUCCCGAUGCUUGUGGGCUUUCGCUCGAGAUGGUGCUGUCCCAGGUUCGCGCCGUUUUGGUUUCAACAGGGUCAACAACAAGCUUGGCAUGCCACUGAACGCAAUGAUGUUGAGUAUGGUGGUUCAGAUUCUCCUCGGUCUGAUUUAUCUGGGAUCUGCCGCUGCUUUCAAUGCCUUCAACGGAUCUGGCGUCAUUUUCUUGACGCUCAGCUAUGUCAUCCCCGUGGCCAUUUCUCUCUUCACCGGCCGCUCAAAGACACUGGCAGGUGGAAAGUACAACCUUGGCAUGUUCGGACUUGUGUGCAAUGUUGUGUCGAUUGCAUGGUGUGCUUUUGCCAUCCCACUCUUUUCCAUGCCCUCGGGUUUGCCAGUCACUCUCGCUGGCAUGAACUACGCUUCAGCGGUAUUCGUCGGCGGUGUGGUCAUCUCGGCAUUGUCUUACUUCCUCUAUGGAAAGAAGCACUACUCUGGGCCUCAGGUCGGAGAGGACAUGGAGCCUCCGGGCUACUCAUCAUGA